UUUCCUCUUUGCUGCUUAAAAAGAAUUAUCCUUCAAUCAUCCGAAAAAGAAAGCAAGAAACCAACCCACUGAAAAAGAGAUCACUGUACGCUAUGAAUAUCAUGAACAGAGCAGAAGAGAAAAAGGAAGAGAAGGAGAGGCUUGUUGUGCCCACUACCAAAACCGUGGAGUACUUGCUGCCAUUGAUGUCCAAAGAGCUUCUCUACAAGUUUCCCGACAACUCUGCCUUCGACUUCGACUACACGCAGAGUUCAAUUUGGUCGCCUUUGGUCACUCGGGCUUACAGUCCCAUGGACUUGGAUUUUGAUUUGGAUUUCAUAACACCAAGAAAGCUCUCAUUUGGGAUGGAUUUGGACAAAAAAAACAAGCUCAGGAAAGUCAGUUCCAACAUUAAGAAGAACAUCAGCACCACUGCCUUCAAAGUCAAUCUUAAUCUUUUGAAAAUGAAGAGCAAGAAGAAAAUGAUGGCAUCAGAAUUCUCUCCAACUCCUAUGAAGAGCACUUGUUAUCCAGCCACCACCAAGGCAUGGACUAAGAUGCUGAAAGCUGCGUCAAAACAUUUCAAAAGAAAGAAGAAAGAUUCCACGGCCUAUGUGAAGCCCUCCAACUAUUUGAAAGAUGGAAAUAUUUCAAGAUAAUUAUUAGAUUUGCAACUUCUCUUGUUCGUUAUUUAGCUUGAUUUCGUUUUAUAUAAUCGGUAUUUCUUCUAGCAGGCUGCCAGGCACUAUCUUCCACUCGCAAUAGAUAAUUUUCCUCUUUUGUAUUUUGAAGUCAUAGAAAAUAAAUGUGUUUAUUUUAUUUAUUUUUA